AUGAUUGAGCCCUUCUUGGGAACCUGGAAGCUGGUCUCCAGCGAAAACUUCGAGGAUUACAUGAGAGAACUGGGAGUGGAUUUUGCAGCCCGGAAUGUGGCAGGUUUAGUAAAGCCAACUGUUAAUAUUAGUCUCAAUGGGGAAAAGAUUAACAUCCAAACAGAAAGCUCUUUCCAGAACACGGAGAUCUCCUUCAAACUGGGGGAACAGUUUGAUGAAACCACUGCAGACAGUCGGCAAGUGAAGAGCAUCGUAACAUUAGAAGGUGGGUCAAUGAUCCAGGUCCAAAAAUGGCUCGGCAAGGAGACAACAAUCAAAAGAAAAAUCGUGGAGGGGAAAAUGGUAGUGGAGUGCACCAUGAACAACGUUGUCUGCACUAGGACCUAUGAGAAAGCAUGA